AACGUAAAUGCCUUCAAAGCGCCUAUCAAUAGUGACAUUACACCUGAAAGAUAAGGUGUGUGAGCUUGCUCACCUGCUUAUCGUCGACACAAAUCUUCUGCGGUUUGACUAAUGCAGUAAGCGGCAAUCCUCCGGUAUAUUAACACCAUAGGAACAGAUAAAUAUUCAGACACGGACCAAUAAUAACGGGCAGAAUGCUGCAAGCUUUGCUGAUCAUACUAAUAGCGAGCCAAAUAUCCUGUCAUCCACUCAAUACAAGAUUUGUGCUUGGCGCCACUAAUGCAACCAUCGAACACAUUGCGCGUUGUGCUCUACGCAAGAACUCUACAAACAUACAUCUGGAUCGAGCAAGAUGUGUACUGGAAUCAUAUCCUCUCAUUGACGGUCAUAAUGACCUGGCGGCACUGUAUGGCAUUUUCGCCAAUGACUCCGUGUACAGCGUAGAUCUCAACUCUGACAUGUCGUUCGUCUGGAACCAUAGUUACUCGCGGGUGGACAUCCCUAAGCUUCGUAUGGGUCUCCUGGGUGGUCAGUUUUGGUCGUGCUGGGUUCCAUGUGACGCACAAUAUCGUGACGCUGUUCGCAUGACGUUGGAGCAACUUGACGUCAUCAAACGAUUUAUCAACUACUACCCUGGAACGUUUCAAUUUGUCGACACAUCUGAUGAUGUAUUGAAGUCCUUCCAUGCGGGGAAGAUAGCGAGUAUGAUAGGCCUUGAAGGCGGUCACUCCAUCGACAGCAGUUUGGGAGCACUGCGCAUGUACUAUGAGUUGGGUGUGCGCUACAUGACCGUAACCCACAGCUGUAACACUCCAUGGGCUGAUAACUGGAUGGUUGAUGAGCCCACUUACAACGGGACGGUCUUGAACGGUUUAACACCUUUCGGAAAGACAGUGAUCCUGGAGAUGAACCGCCUGGGAAUGAUUGUAGAUCUCGCGCACGUGGCCAAGAAGACCAUGUUGGACGUACUCAAUGUGACACGUGCUCCGGUUCUGUUCACGCACUCCUCCGUGUUCAGCCUGUGUAACCACCACAGAAACGUGCAGGAUGACGUACUGCUCAAGACGAAAGCAAACGGUGGAGUUGUUAUGGUCAAUUUCUACACGUUCUUUGUUACGUGCUCACCAAAUUACAAAACCGAAGCUACACUUUCUGACGUCGCAGGUAUGUAUUGCUCUGAUUACCAUAACAUCGCGCCUCUUAAGUGAAGUCAAUUUUAUGACUGAAUACGCAAAAUAAUAUAAAUGUUUGAUCGUUAGUCCAAAAUAAAACCAUGCGUCGCGUUAUUAAUUAUUAUUUAAAGCGUUAUAUGGGAAAUACCAUAUAUUCCGAAACCGUAGCAUCUCUUCUUAUUUAAACAAUAUAUGUAUGUUUAGUUAAGCAUAAUUAGCCAAGCAAUACUUAAAAACAAUCAACAAACAUCAGUUCUUUAAAUGAAUUUAUGUGUAAAUAAUGUGAAAAGUGAUGGUUUACAUCACAG